UUCAGCAUUGGUUGUUACCGUCGCAAUGACAAUCUUGUGGCUGACCUUGCUGGGCCUUUGUCUCAAUCUGAAUCUCGGGUCGGCGUUGCAGGUGCCGCAGCAUAAUUGUGAGAGGUAUUUCUCCUACUACAAGGAGGCCAGUGGAAGCUACAUUGGCGUCUUCACGGCGCCACGUGCUGGUGUGAACAGCCUAUCAUGGGAGGUGGUCUUCACUGCUCACGGAACUGAACAGGCAAACACUGUGGGCUCCCUCCUUCCGUAUCCCAAUAAGGAAAGGUCAUUUGAAAAGAUACACAGUGGAGAACGUGGCGAGGUGUUUGUGCGCUUCACGGAUUUUGGAAACGAGCUGCCCAAACUUGUCCGGGCGGAAUUCAACGACGAGGUUCUGUGUCAAAAUGAGGAGUAUGGAGCCCCUUCGAGCACAAUGACCCGACGCCAGUCCAUGUCCACCGGAGCGACAAUUAGUCAAAAGUCAGCACCAAGAGAAAUAGUGAACCAGUGGCGGCGUCCGCCGCCGAGAACACCGAGCAGUGACCCUAACCCUUACCUACCUCCAAUCAUGCCCAAAAUAGAUUCGGACUUUGAGGAAUGCGGCGUGGAGGGCUUUUCGCCUCUUCAAAUCGGAGGCGACCUGGUGACCCGGGGUCAGUAUCCCUGGCUCGCGGCCCUUUACGAAGGUGCUGCCACAGCUACAUAUAAAUGCGUGGUGUCGGUUAUCUCCAAGCGGACUGUGAUCACGGCAGCUCACUGCAUUUAUGGAAAGAGCGCCAGCCAGCUGUGGGUCUAUUUGGGCAGGCAUGAUCGCAACGAGAAUCCUGAGAAUGGAGCCUCCCUGGUUAGCGUGACCAGCGUUCUGACUCCGUCCGCCUACGAGGGCAAUCCAAUUCCUGAUGUCGACGUGGGCCUGCUGGUGCUGACCUAUCCGAUGGUGUACACCAAGUACAUUCGACCCCUCUGCCUAUGGGGCUCCAAUAUGGGCUUGCCAGCGAAUGAGGGCGAUACUGGAGCAGUGGCCGGUUGGGGCUACGACAGGAGUGCCCAGAAGACGCGGUUUCCCAAGACAGUGAGUGUUCGAUUGGUGCCCCGGGAUCAGUGUCUCAAGGAGAUGAAGCGGGCGGAGGACUUCAUCACGCGGCGCACCGUCUGUGCCGGCAAUUCAGAAUCACACGGUCCCUGCUUCGGAGACUCGGGAUCUGCUCUGAUCGUCCUGCGUAACAAUCGAUGGUACGUUCGGGGUGUGGUCUCCUUAUCGCCUCGCCAGGGAGAGAUUUGCGACCUUAGCAAGUAUGUUAUCUAUUGCGAUGUUGCAAGGCACAUUGACUGGGUACGUCAAAAUAUGGUCAUGUGAGGCGGUGAAUGGAUUAUAAUGUGACAAUACAGGAAAACGCGGAAAUUGAUGUACAAAAUUCUCAAUAAAUCUUUAAGUUGUAUAAUAGAUUACCUUUUCCAAGCCGGUGGAUUUCCCAAGCAUGCAUUGGUGUCAUCGAUCUAUUAUGUAUAUACUUAGCGUUAAAAUAAAAACCCUUGCCUUAAA